AUGCAAAUUUCUCAAGUCCAGCAUGCAGUUCGGGGAGGAAAGCCGGUCACGGAGAAUAAUUGGGAUAACGUGUACGAGCCUAGUCUAAUAGUCGUUAAGGAACUUCUCGAGAGUGAGGAUCAUUUUAAAUGCUUGGAUAGCAUGAAUCCUUCUCAGGAACGCAUAGCCAGGAAAUUUUCCACGGAGGCGAAGAAAGAAUUGAAGGAUACCCAAACCGGUUUAGGGAAUGCUCCUAUGUCAGCAUCGGGAAAUUCGUCCUCGGGUCAAGCUGAUGUUACCCUCUCUCCCGCUCCUGUGUCCUAG